GCAGAAAGAUCUGACGGCUGAGGCCGAGGCGGAGGAAUUCGAGCGAACUGCCGAGGAUGAAGAGUUGGCCCUCACCGUCCAAGUAGCUGAAGAGGAGGAGGAGAAGGAGAGGGCGAAGGUCACUGUGGCCGUCCUUCCCCCUCGGGGUGCUGGUGAGGCCAGUACCUCCCGGCCGCUGAACGCAGUUCCCCUCCGGGUGGCCCCCGGGAUGAAGAAGAGAAAGACGAAGGCCGCCCCUCAGAAGAAAGCAAAGACCGUCGAUCGGGGGGGCCAGUUGAUCUACCGGAGGGUUACUCCUUCCUGGACACCGCCGCUCUGGAGAUCAAGUCCCAAGCUGACAGGGCGGACAUCUAUAUCACCCAAUUGCAUGUAGGGCCCUCGGCCGUGGUAGUCGAGCCAGGUCCCGAUGACGUGCUGUCGCGGCCCCCCGAGGGAUGUAUAGCCGUGCACGUGCUUUCGGUCUCAAUGGGCCUCCGGUUCCCUCUCCAUCCGUUCCUCCGGGAGUACCUGAGGUACACCGGCCUGGCCCCCUGCCAACUGACUCCCAACAGCCACUCGUACAUAACGGGGUUUGUGAACCUGUGCAAACUCCGGAAGGUUACACCGAGCCUGGAGUUAUUCUUCCAAAGCUUCAACCUAUGCCGGGGGGACAUACAAAUGCCGAGGGCUAUGCGAACUUACAGCAGAUAGCUCAGUUCAAGCUGUUCACUGAGGCCCCUUCUUCCAACAAGGGGUGGAGAGAGCGAUGGUGCUACAUCAGACUGGCCGACAGCCCGUUCCCGAGGGAGUUGCGGAAUCGCUUUCGGCGCCAUGUGAAGGCCAAGAGUGCCGCCCUCGAGAAGGAUGGCCUGAAGAUUGCAAAGAUCCCCGAGGGUCGGGAAAAGAACGUAACCAUCAAGGAGUGCACCCUCGAGGAGGACCUGUAUGCCCUCGGAUUCCUGAGGUAUCGGUUCAUUGGGGAGACCGACGAGAAAUAUCCCCUCUACGAUAAAGCCUUCGUGGGAGCAGGAGGUAGCAGGAUGAAUGCCAACGCUCUGUUCGCAAAGAGGAAGGGCAAGACCCAGUCCAAGGAGAAGGGGCCCUCGGGCCAGAAGCCAGUCGACGCGCUUUUCCCGAAGGUCAUAGAACCUUCCGCCAGGGACUCCCAUGCUGCUGUGGGGACCGGGGGGUCGAAGGCCGAGACGGCCGCCAAGAAGAAGAGGGGCGACAAGGGGGUGGAGCCCCCCACCAAGAAACAGAAAGGCGCCGUGGGUGCUGUCGGGGGGGCGGCCCCCCUCGUAAUUAUUGAUGACAUGCCCGCUGUUGAUGGGCCUCUAGCCUCGGUCUCUCCGAAGGAUCCGGUGAAUCCCCCCGGGAGGAAUUACCCCGGGAGAUCCGUCAGCUCUCCUUUGCCCCCGGCGCUUCGUUGAUGCACGGCACUGCCGAGCCGAAGGCCUUCCUGCGGGGCAUCACCUCGAAGAUGGACAGGGAAGUCUUCGAGACCUACGAUGACGAUGCCCUCGAGAACAGGAUCCUCCGCUCCUCGCUCACUGUAAGUAUCCGCUUCCUUUUUCCUUAUCUUGUCAGUGUAGUCUUAUUUUUUCCUGAGGAACAAUCUAACUCCUUUGAUAAUUGUUCGCAGGCCUGCAUAGCCCUCGGGGAACAGGCCCGGAGGCGCGAGGAAAGGCGUCUUCACGAGGCCGCCCAGGAUAAGAAGGUGGAGGGGCUGAUCCGUAAGAACUCUGAGGCGGUGAAGCAUGCUGCCCAGCUGGAGGAGGCCUUUCGGGAGGCGAAGGCGGCGGCGGAGAAGGCCAAGGCUGAUGGUAUAGCCGAAGGCAAGGCAGAGGCCGAGAGGGCUGCUGCCGAGGCGGCGAAGAAAGCCGCUGAUGAAGCCCAGAUCGUCAAGGAGGGAGCUGUGGCCGAGGCCCGAGGGGAGGCAGUCGCUGAGUUCCUUGCCGAGGGCUGGAGGGCCGAGGGCCACAAGGAAUGGGUGGCCUCCGUGGUGGCAGCCUCGGUGGAUGCUUGGGUUGAAGGCCCCGGGGUUGACUGGCUGACCGAUAGGGGCGACGCCUACUAUCAGGGGGGUGAGUUCUUUACCCAGCACCUGAUAUACCGGAGGCUCGCCAGGCACUUCGGCGUAUCCCUCGAACAAUUUGACCCCUCGGUAUAUGGCCUCCCUCCGUUGCAACCAGAUGUCAGAGUUCCCCUCCCCCCGGGUGAAGAGCGGCCAACAAUCUACGAUUCUGUGAUGAUGGGGGGUGACGGGGUUGGAGCCAUCGGGGGUGAUGCUGCCGGAGAAGAAGUCUCCUUCAAGGCUGUCGGGGAAGAUGCCCCCGGCGACAACGAGGCUGAAGCCGUCGAGAAGAUUAUUACUUAGUCAAAUCUUUUUUUUUUAAAAAAAACCUUGUAAUGAAACUUUUGUUGCCCCUCGGCUUUGGCCACACUCUGU